AUGAAUCUUGUCAAAUGCGACCCUGAUACUACCAAAAAGUCGAGAGGCCAAAAUACCCGCUUGGAGGAGGAGCUCAUAACGGCACCUCUAUUCUCGCUCUCCGCUUGUGAGACUCUAGAUACCGACCCUCAGAAUACCGAGCACACUCUCAACGGAGUCCAAACUUUUUACCCACAAUAUGGACUGCUUGGUAUGCGUAAUCGCCCUUCCAGUGACACACUGACACAGGGGGAUCUUGUGUACGCCAAUGUGUCGGCACCUUGGUCUGCCUUCAUCUGUGGUAGUCAAGGAAGUGGCAAGAGUCAUACCUUGUCCUGUUUGUUGGAAAACUCACUGAUCGCAUCUUCCCCUGCCGGCAAGCUGUCGUCUCCUCUGGCUGGACUGGUCAUUCACUAUGAUAAGUUCACGGCCUUUUCCAGCAUGCAGCUGUGCGAGGCGGCCUAUCUUCAUUCUUCCGACAUUCCAGUCAGAGUUUUGGUGUCCCCCACCAACUAUCUUGCCAUGAAAAAGGCGUACCAAGCACUGUCAGGCGGUUCGAACAUGCUGAAGGUUCAGCCACUUUAUCUGCCCCAGAAGGACCUCAACAUUGGCAUGAUGAAAACCUUGAUGGGCAUCGGCAACAGAACCGAGCAGCCUCUCUACAUUGAAGUUGUUAUGAAGAUUCUUCGGGAUAUGGCCAUUGCUAAUCAGGGCAAAUCCGGCUUUAACUACGCCGCCUUCAAACUUCUGCUCCAGCGAGAACAAUUCUUAAAAGGCCAGCUCAUGCCUCUCAAUAUGCGGUUGGAGGUCCUUGAAUCCUUUUUUGAGCCUGGAUCUAUGCCUGGCGCAGGUGCCAAUACAUCAAAGGAAAAGGGUGCUGGUGAUGUCUGGAGUUUCCCCCCAGGCACUUUGACCAUCAUCGAUUUGAGCUGCCCAUUCGUUGGCCAAGAGGAUGCGUGCGCUCUGUUCAACAUCUCUGUUUCUUUGUUUUUGAAGAACCGUCAGGAUACGGGUCGCCUUAUUGCUCUUGAUGAGGCACACAAGUUUAUGACUUCAACCUCACCCGAAGCUGCAGAUCUGACUGAGACACUGCUAUCUGUCGUCCGCCAACAGCGACAUCUGGCCGCACGAGUGAUGAUCGCAACACAGGAGCCAACUCUUGCUCCGGCCCUUCUUGAGCUUUGCAACGUGACGAUUAUCCAUCGAUUCUCAUCGCCGGCUUGGUUCAAGGCAAUCAGGGCGCAUAUCGCCGGAGCCGGGGCUCAGGAGGUUGGUACAAGCACCAAGGCUUCAUCGAUCUUUAACAAGAUUGUUCGUCUGCCGACUGGAGAGGCUUUGGUAUUUUGUCCAACAGCCCUGUUAGAUAUCGUGAAGAAUGGCGACCAGGAGAAUGAUGAGUCUUCAAGUGUUACCUCUUCCAGUCGGUCAGACACUCCCGAUAGCCCGUUCUCUACAGAUAGCGCUCAGGUUGCGACAACCGAGUCUAGUUCCCAUCGCGUCGUUCAGCUCGGAACGGCAUAUGCCCACAUUCGGGUGCGGAACAGGAUCACCGUUGACGGUGGUCGCAGCAUGCUCCAGCGUUAA